AAUAAUACUGUUUCACAAUUUGUACAGAUAAACACAAGGACUGUUCUGGUGUAACUUUACAUCUGACACAUCAAAAGCAGCCUUUGAUUGCUGGAAUGUAUCUUAUGAUGUCUGUGAACACAGUCAUACCACCCGGCGAGAAAAUGGUUGAUGCAGACAUUUCCUGCCAUUACAAAAGGUUUCCGAUGCACCUUUUUGCCUACAGGGUUCAUACACACAGACUAGGUAAAGUAGUGAGUGGAUACAGAGUGAGAAAUGGUCAGUGGACAUUGAUUGGUAGACAGAGUCCACAACUACCACAGGCAUUCUACCCCGUGGAAUAUCCAGUAGACAUUAGCUAUGAUGAUAUCCUAGCAGCCAGAUGUGUGUUCAGUGGGGAAGGCAGAACUACAGAGACACAUAUAGGGGGUACUGCCAAUGAUGAAAUGUGUAACUUUUACAUUAUGUACUAUAUGGAAGCCAAGCAUGCUGUCUCUUAUAUGACCUGCACACAGAAUGCAAACCCUGAAAUGUUCAGAAAUAUUCCACCAGAGGCAAAUAUUCCUAUUCCAGUCAAGUCUGAUGUGCUGAGGAUGAUGCAUGGACAUCAUGAAGAAACAAAGGAUAGCGAUCCAAGUUAUCUGCUGCAGCAAGCCAAAAAAGAAGAGGCAGAGAUUUUGGAUCAGGGUGGUUUGUAUUCACUCCUUUCUAAGCUUCUAGCAGAAAGGGAAGAUGUUGUGCAUGUGCAUAAGCACAAGCCUACAGAAAAGGUAGAAUCAGAUCUUGUAGCAGAGAUUGCUAAUGUAGUCCAAAAGAAAGAUCUUGCCAGAGAGAUCGCAAAUCAUGAUGAAAGGGACAAUACUAUUCUUGUCAGAGACAGAAUUCACAAAUUUCACAGACUACAGUCCACCUUGAGGCCACCAGAGAACAGACAUUUCUCUUUACAACAGUCUAAACAUGGUGAUGGAAGCUGGGAAAAAGAACAUAAAGGAGAUUUCCACAUAGAGGAGGCUGUGGAGUGGCCUGGAUUAGAGCUCAAUCUAGGCCAAGUUUCUGGGUUGUCUCUGGACCCUGAAAAUAACCUGGUUGUCUUCCACAGAGGUGAUCGUGUUUGGGAUGAAAAUUCUUUUGACAGCAAGUUUGUUUAUCAGCAAAGAGGACUUGGACCAAUUGAUCAGAACACAAUUAUUGUCAUGAAUCCAAGUAAUGCAAAACUGCUUCAUUCCASCGGCAAAAAUCUAUUUUAUUUACCGCAUGGUUUGAGUGUGGAUAAAAAUGGUAACUUCUGGGUCACAGAUGUAGCUCUUCAUCAGAGAUAUCUCCCACUAUCCCAGGUACUCAGAGCACCAUUCAACCUGGCCUUGCAGACAUGGGGCAGCCACAGCUUCUCUGGGCAGCCUGACCAGUGGAUCACUACCUUCACAGUUUUCAAACUGGGAGCCAGUGACAAAAAGCCAUUAUUGACCUUAGGAGUGGCUUUGCAACCAGGCAGUGACAGAAAUCAUUUCUGUCAACCAACUGAUGUGGCUGUGGACCCAAUCACUGGCAGCAUUUAUGUCUCUGAUGGCUACUGCAACAGUCGGAUUAUUCAGUUCUCUCCAAAAGGACUGUACGUGAUGCAGUGGGGAGAAGAGACUUCUCUAGGCAGAGCCAGGCCUGGACAGUUUCAUAUCCCUCACAGUUUAACCUUGAUUCCUGAGUCAAGUCAACUGUGCGUUGCAGACAGAGAAAACGGUCGAAUUCAGUGCUUCAGAUUAGAGACUGGGGAAUUCACAAGAGAGAUCAAACACAACGCAUUUGGAAGAGAGUUGUUUGCACUUGCAUAUGUUCCAGCAUCUUCAGCUUCAUUGGAACGUUUUUGAGACACYGAGAGAAAAAGAACACUCAGUACUCAAGAUGUGGGCAUGCUAAGUUUUUGCACAGUGGCAGAACUAUCCCCUCCAUUCUUAAUUCUCCUCCUCAUCAUGAAACAUUCUUUUGAAAUUUUGCCUGACACUGUACAUGGAGCCAGAGAUCUCAGGAAUCUUUCAUUGAUGGCUUGGAGAUGCUCUCCUUAGCUGUAGCUGCCAGUUCCAAGUUCAAACGUCACAGAGGCAUGAUCUAGAUUAUUUGUUAGAUGAAGCAUCACUUCACAUUUGUCUUUGCAGAAGCUCUUCUGCCAUCUGUUUCACAACUCGCUUAUUCUUACAUAAAGACUGGACUUCCUCAGUAUAAUCAAGCUUUUGACUUCCCCAUUUCUCCAGAACUCAGUUACCUUCCUCACACUGCUAGAUGGCAUUGGUCAUCCCAUUUUUCAGCCACUGAUGAAAGCUAUUAAAUAAAAUUUCUGACUCUGAUCACUUCAAGAUCAUACUAAUCAUACCUCUCUGUCCUGAAGUGUUAUAACCUCUCCCCAUAAGCUCUGAUCUUGACCUCCUGUUCAUUAGUGGAUCUUUCAUUCACCACUGUGAUAAUGCACAUUCAGUAACCUGUGAUGCACAAACCACUUGUCAGGGGUUUUCUGAAAGUGCAAGUAUCUCUAUAGAAUCUGCUUUAUCUGUCUGCUUUUUUCUCCCUGUUCAGAGCUGAGGCACAACGCUUAGAGAAGCCAUACCAACUUGUUCUGACAGGCCACACUUACCCAUGUCUUAUUCUUCAUUAUGGAUUCUACCAUCUUACUGGAGAUGGCAGCCAGAAUUGAUAAAGAGGGUUUGCAAGCAUCCUUUUGAGUCCUUCCUGUAGGGGGGCACUGCUUCCGCAUUCUACUCAUCUUCUGGAGGAGUGGCUGCUCGCAGUGCUGUGUUACUUAACUGGGCCUGAGGACUGUGAUUUCAGAUUUUGCUUCCUUCUGAAUUUAAGUGAAUGCCAUAGCUUCUGAAUUUAAGUGCAUGUCAUCUAUGCACCUCAUAAAAUUUUAACUACCAGCUUGCCUUAUAUUUUGUGCUUCCAGUUGAGCUCUUUGUAGUAAAGAAAAAAUUGAGUGUCAUAAUCUUCCCAACUUUUAAACAAAAAAACUGGCAAAACCAGUUUCUUUACAAUAGGCCCCUAAUCCCUGAGUCUCCCUUUCACACCUUUUCCUUUUGUGGUCCCACUUAUUCCCCAGCUGGCUUUCUGCUUUUGAUGCAUUGAAAGAACUUUCUGCUAUGAGGUCAACCAUCCUUAGCAAAGCAUUCUUCAGGUUAUUGUUUUUUUAACACUUUUACAUUCUUUUUACACUUAAAGAAUCUGUAAAAUACUGCCUUGCUGAUUCUCCUCAUUUUGACUAAGUGUGUCUCUUAAAUGCCAAAGUUUCAACUC